UAGGUCCCGUUAACACAGGUUAAAAAAAUCAUAUAAUUACAAUAUAUUUUACCAGUUCGUACAUUAGUCUCUGGUGUUCCAGCUAAGUUACAACAUCAAGAUGUUGACUUUAAAAUUGUUAAUAAUUUCUAUUAUUUGUGUAGAGAAUAUAUUUUGUAAGAAAGUCUUCUGUGAUCCCGAUGACGACAUUUGCCUCUCAAAUGCAGCCAAUGAAAGGGUCUUCCCGAAGGUGAUAGAAGGGAUCCCUGGAGUUGAACCAUCGGAGCCGCUCCACUUGCCUCGGUUUGAAAUAGUUCUUCCCAAUUUGAAGUAUUCGCUACUCAACGCUACAAUGUUUGGAGUGAAAGAUUGCAGUAUAACUUUCAAAAAACACGUUAAAGAUUCGAAGUUUGAAUAUGAACCAUGCUGUCCUCGUUUAACAAUACAAUCUGAAUAUGAAGUCGAUGGCAAAAUCGAUACAGUAUCGGUUAGAGGGAGAGGGACAUUUAAAAUCACUUACGAGGAAUUAUAUUUUCACAUUUUAGUAAAUCAAAUAAAAGAAAAAUUACCGGACAACAAGGAUCAUGUUCGUAUUUUAGACCACACUACGCAAUUGGAUCUGCGAGGGAAACACACUUACGAAUACAGUAACUUGAUAUUUAGUGAAAGUGGCAGAUGUGUGAAAUGUAACCCAGCGGUGAGGGAGAAAUAUUUUGCCAGAUUCGAAGAAAUCACCCGAGACCCACUUGUGAAGGCUUUUGUUGACAAAUUCAUGGAAAAUGUUCGAGAUUUUCAUGUAGCGAGGCCCGUUGAAGAAUUGUAUUAUAAGUAUGUUUAA